AUGUCAACCACCAUUGCCUCGGGGCAUCCAUUGCCUCUCACAGCUCAUUCACACCCUGACAAUCCUGUUCCCGAGGAACCCAUGUCUUCGAGAAGAAUUUCAAUCUCUGCCUCGCAGCUCUCACACUCACUCACCUCGAAUGUUCCCUCCAGCUCCUACUCCGACAGUGCCUCGAGCGUAGACACAGAACCCACCACACCGACCACCGAAACCCUCUCAGAUGUUCCCUUUGAGGAAUUGGAUGGCCAAGCACCUCAAAGCCCACAGGGCAAGAAAAGACGGGCUUCAACGCUGUUGGUCUCUCAAGAUUCGGAAGAUGCGAGACGAUUUCUCGGUGAGCGGGGCGCGUCGACUGCAAUGAUCCAGAAAGCGUGCUGCGGCGGAGGUUGUUGCAUGCUGCAAGAGCUGAAAACCAAGAGACCUCGUCCCGGUCAAACACCUCUCAAAGUCCCUCAAAAUCUCGCCUACCAAAGCUUGAAGAUCAACCUGGGCGACCUGAGUUUGGACAGUGACCUCUCAGGCAUCGUCGAGGUACCUCCCAAAACAGUCUCUUUCGAGUCCUUGUCGACUUCGCCUUCGCGGACCUACGCAGAGCCUCCACAACAGCGAAAGCCCGAAGUUCUGAAGCAUCCUCCCAGUUUCGUCACCCCGCACCCGCCCUAUGAGGUAUUUUCAGCCCCUCUGUUUCACGCCCGCGAAUUGACCAGGCCUGGGGCGGAGAAAAGGACAUACCACUUCGACAUUGACGUGACUGAUUACCCUAAGGAGAGUGGGGAUGUCGACUUCGUGGUUGGGGGGGCCAUUGGCGUGUGCGCCCCCAAUCCGCCCGACAUGGUCGACCAGAUCUUCGAUUUGUUGGGCGUCCCUAGUUUUGUGCGCGACAAGCCGAUAUUGCUGAAGACGACCACGGGAAGGUGGCCCACGAUCUGGGGAGAAGAGGAGGCUCGGGAAUUGGUCACCACACGAAGGGAGCUUUUGACUUGGUGCUCAGACAUUCAGAGCUACCCUCCCACCAAACAGCUGUUCCGGCUCUUUGCCGAGCACGCAGAAGACGAGAAUGAGAAGACCAUUCUGAUGUUCUUGUCUUCAGCGCAAGGCCAGGCGGCGUUUUGCGAUCUCCGAACGGGCCCGUACAUCACGCUGCCUCAACUUCUUAGUGCCUUCCCCUCCUCCAGACCUCCGCUCGACCAUCUCCUGUCGGUCCUCAACCAACUCAUGCCUCGAUUCUACUCCUUGUCCCAAGAUCCGACCAUCUCUUGCCAGCGAGACGGCACACAAUGUCGGCGAUUGAUCGAAAUUGCAGUGACGGUCCACGAAGCGGAUGACUACGCCACCGGCAAGCGAACGGGGGUCGGAUCGGGAUUUCUAGAGAGGCUGGCGCGGCAGGUCAUCCAGGCAGAGCGAGAGGGAAAGAACCCUCGCGACUUGGAUUUAAGAGUUCCGAUGUUCCGAGGCCUCAUGGCCAACCCAUUGGCCCGCGAAUUUGUCACCGAUGGUCCCAUGCUUCUCAUUGGAGCUGGCGUUGGCAUUGCCCCGUUCCGAGGAUUCGUCCAUCGUCGACUCAAGUCCGCCAAUUGCGCAAACAAAGUUUGGGUGCUUCAGGGAGUGCGAGACAGCCUUCUGGACGAGCUUUACUCUGGCGACUGGGGCGUGCAUGAGGACAAAGUGAAAAAGGUGGUCCAAUCUCGCCGAGGACAAGGCCGUUACGUCCAAGAAGAGGUUCGCGCUCAAGCAGACUUGGUCUGGUUCAUCAUCAACGCCGUGGACGGCAGGAUUUUUGUCUGUGGCAGUUCCAAAGGCAUGGGUGAAGGUGUGGAAGCCGCGCUGAUAGAUGUGGCAAUGGCCAAGGGCAAACUGAACCGCGAGGAGGCAAAGAGCUUCUGGGACGAGAAGAAGAGUUCGGGUCAGUAUAUUGCAGAGACUUGGUGA